AUGAGAGCAUUAUACUUGGAUGAAAGAAGGGAUAAAACGAUGUGCCAGGAAGAAAUUAGAAAAAUAAAAAUCGAAGAACAUAUAUCAUUGCUCAAAGAACCAGGUUUAAAAUAUAUGUCACAUUACACCAACAACAGGAAGGAAGAAUGGAGUUUUGCAGCAUUUAGAAAUAAAACUAAAACGUCCUCUGCAGUGGAUGAUAUGUCAGCUACAGAUCAUCAUAUUUUUCAAUAUCUUAACGAAGAAACUUCAGGAAGUCGUAUAUACUCUGGAGCUAUAGAAAAAAUGUUGGAGUCUUGGGAAAAAUUGCCCGUUGUAAAUUUUGUUCCUAUUGUUUACCCUUUACUAGAAUUGGACGCUGCAGCUAUAAGGAAUCUGAGCACUGAUCAAAAGAACUUAUAUGAAAUGUGUCACUUAAUUUAUAGAGAAAACUGUUCAUUAUACUCGUAUCUAGCAGCUCGUAAUCCAGUAAAUUAUCACACGCUCGAUGGCUUACAAAGGCAAACCGUAUAUUUCGUCUUUACACCGGAAGUUAAUGUCCAUUUACAAAUUUAA